AACCCAGUUCUCCAAGACAGAGCUUUGCGGAUGGCAGCCUUAUCCAGCUUCUCAGGAUCAAUCUUUGAGUAAACCCAACUUCUCAACGUCUACGUACUAGAUGAGUGACUACUCAGACUGAUUAAGGACAUUGGAAGAGUGAAGAUCGGGGAACUGUGAGUGUGAAACCUUAGUGAACAUAAGAUACUCAUACAGACGAAGGCUUUAAAUACUGUUGCUUUUACUUUAACCAGACCACUGUGAAAACUAGAAAAGCUCCUGUGACAAAAAUCAAGAAAAUCUAAUAUAAAUGAAUAAUAAUUCGACAUGCAUUCAACCAUCCGUGAUUUCUACCACAGCUUUACCAAUCACUUACAUCUUUUUAUGUAUUGUUGGUCUCUUUGGAAACUCACUUGCUCAGUGGGUAUUUUUAACAAAAAUAGGUAAGAAAACAUCAACACAUAUCUACUUGGCCAAUCUUGUGACUGCAAACUUACUUGUAUGUACUGCUAUGCCUUUCAUGGGUGCAUAUUUCUUGAGGGGUUUUUAUUGGAAAUAUCAGUCUGUACAAUGCAGACUGGUCAAUUUUUUGGGAACUCUAUCCCUGCAUGUAAGUAUGUUUGUCAGCCUCAUAAUUUUAAGCUGGAUUGCCAUAAGCCGCUAUGCUACUUUAAUGAAAAAGGAGUCCAUGCAAGAGGCCACCUCAUGCUAUGAAAGAAUAUUUUAUGGUCAUUUACUGAAAAGAUUUCGCCAGCCCAAGUUUGCCAGAGCAACGUGUAUUUACAUAUGGGGAGUUGUGCUUGUCGUAAUCAUUCCAGUUAUCCUAUACUACUCAGUGGUCGAGGCUACAGAAGACGGAGAGAGCCAUUGCUACAAUCGGCGGAUGGAACUGGGAGCCAGUCCUUCUCAGAUUGCGGGUCUCAUUGGAACCACAUUUAUUGGAUUCUCAUUUUUAGUAGUAGUGACAUCAUACUAUUCUUUUGUUAGCCAUCUGAGAAGAGUAAGAACCUGUACCUCCAUUACUGAGAGAGAUUUGACCUACAGAUCUGUGAAGAGACACCUUUUGAUUAUCCAGGUCCUCCUCGUAGUUUGCUUUCUUCCAUACAGUAUUUUUAAACCCAUUUUUUAUGUUCUGCACCAGAAGGAAGAAGACUGUCAGCAGCUGAAUUAUUUAAUAGAAGCAAAAAAUAUCCUCACAUGUCUUGCAUCUGCCAGAAGUAGUACAGACCCCAUUAUAUUUCUUUUAUUAGAUAAAACAUUCAAGAAGACGCUGUAUGAUCUCAUUACAAAAUCUUAAUUCACUGCACAUACUACCAUAUGGUUGGCUUUUGGAUAGAAAAACACCACAAAAUAGAAAAAAAUGCAUGUGACUCUAUUAGUGACAUUAACGGGCACCAUGAAAACCUCUAUGGGUUUAAAAACAAAUAUAUGCAUAAAAUGAGACUUGCAGUUCUACUUAUACUGAAAUGUGAGAUGGCGAGACUUUUGGAGACAAGUCAAGCAUACCAGAAGGAUUCUACUGUGUAUGAAGACAGACAUUUUUUGUUUGUUUUCCAUCAGUUGUGGAUCUUCUGUUCAAAACACAAUAUUUGAUGACUAUAGGAUGAAGAAGUGAAAAGGCUUAGGGGUUUGCCUGCUUUCUAAUCCAAUGCAAGUACCUAUCUAUGGUCAGAUUUGAUUUUCUUUGUAACUUGAAAAAAUAAUUACAAAAAUGUAAGUACUGGAAAAGUCAACCAGUAAGAAAUGUCUUUAUUUAAAUACCAUCUAACUGCAUGAAUAAUGCAGUGUGAAAUCAGUUUGGUAUUAUUUGGCUCAUUUUACUGGGAAAGGCAAUAUUCAAUGAUUCUAAUAUUUAAUACAUAGAUUUUAUUUACAUUUGAAUUAUACUUGUCAAAAUAAAAAACUAUACACACACACACACACACAAUCAUAUGCCCAUCUAUAUCCUAUUUUCAUAUAUUUCCAAUAUAAAUAAUGGCACUAUCAGUAAUGACAGUACCUGCUAUAGAGUUACGUUUAAUUAAUUUUUUGUAAACUAAACAAAUGAAGUAUAAAGAAGUGUAAUCAUGUUGGCUAAAUGGCUGGCCUCUGGAUUCAAACUCUCUGGGUUCAAUACAAGCUCCAUCUCUUAUUUAGCUGGAGAAUCUUGAGCAAAUUAUUUGCCCUCUUUAUAUAUUAGCUUUUUUUAAUUAUGGAACAGAAAAUAUGACCUGGUUCAUAUCACUCUUAUUAAAUCAGAUACUGUUCCUAUUGUGAGCUACCCGCUAGUCAGCACUUGUUCACUCUGUGUAUACAGUUCCCAAUUAUAAUUUUAAUCAUCACAACCACAAAGCAUGUUAAUGCACUUACUGAUGAAAAAACCCAGAUAUGAAGUUAAGUGGUUAUCCCAAUUCCUCCAGUAUUUAAGUAUAUUUAAGAAGCAAUCAUUUCUUAGUGAUAAUUUCUUUUGUGUAAUCUUGCCAGUAGGAAAAAGUGAUUAUAUUCUGUAUUGUGUAUAUUAUGAUUAAAAAUAAAACAAUGUGUUCUCCGAAUGAU